CGCCGCGGUAGAUGGACUGUACGAUAUUUGUCGGCGCGCAUCUGUCAAACGCUUCGAUAUCGAUAUAAAACGAAUUCGUUAUUAAAAAGUAUGAUAACUUAUAUUAAGUAAGGUUCAAGUAAGAGCAAUGGCACGCACUGUGCUGGCGGGCGGAGCGCUGCUCUGCGCCCUGAGCCUGGUGCUGCAGACGCGCGCGCUCACCCUGCUACCACACGACGUUCGACCCGGUCAUGCUGUUCGCCAUUUUGUCGGAAAUCAUUCCCGCUAUACACUGCUUGAUCCACAAUAUGCCUCAUAUUUCGCAUUAUUAGACGAUGGCCUACUUAUGACUACUGCUGAUCUCUCGCCACUUUUAAAUCAACCACUGAAUCUUGCUGUCUUAGAACAAACUCCGUAUAGCAGCUCAGCUCACUCCAUUCAUCUCCUAGUAAUGGAUCGUCGGAAAAUGCUACAUUUUCCCUCAAGUAAUGGCUUACAGGGAGAGAUUCCAGAAAAUGCCCCUGCCGGGACUGUUGUCGAUAUGCCAAAUAUUCGAGCUACAGCGUUUCUAGACGUAGGUCCAAUAGCUUACAAAAUUGUAAAAGGAAAUGACGAAUCAGUAUUUUCUCUGCGAGACAAAGCCAAAGAUGUGUCUAUUCCUGCAGUAAGAUCAGUUAUUACAGAAGGAGAUGUAGAAAUAAUCGCAACACGUCCUUUAGAUGCGGAGAAAAAGAGUUCAUAUAAUCUAGUUGUGCAAGCUACAGACCUUCACGGGGCGAACAAGGCAAAUCUUCCUAUAAGAAUAGACGUGACAAAUGAGAAUGAUCAUGAGCCACUUUUUGAGCAAAGCAUAUACUAUUUCGCCGUUAAUGGAACUCCGGAUGAAAAUGGACCUAAUGGAACUACGCGUUGGCAAAGGUUUUCAAGUAUUGGAAAAGUUCAUGCAUUUGAUGCAGACGGUGAUCGUGUUUACUACUCGCUAACGAAUCCUAGUAAUCUUGUCGUUAUAGUACCUCAAACUGGGGAACUGAUAUUAGCUGGUGAACCGGACAGUCAUGAAGCAGAAUUACGAGUUCUUGCUCAUGAUACUGGCUCUCCGCCGCGUGUAAGCCGACCCGCGCGCGUUUUUCUCGAGUUUGUGGUGCGUGAUCGAAGAGGUCUUCCAACGCUUCACCGCGAGAAGCGUCGUGUUACUCGUGCAGUCCGACCCACAAAACGUAUUGAGUUCACGGAAGCCGAUGGUGAGGUGGAAGGACGUGCUGUUUUCACGUUGGAAAAGGAAACUGAUCGUGAGACUUUCAAAAUACGUGACGAGAAUCCGUGGGUUACCGUUGAACCUAGUGGUGUAGUGAAAGUUAAAAAGAAGUGGGACUAUGAGGAGUUGGGACCUGAGAAGACCAUCGACUUUUGGGUGACAAUUACUAACGCUGGAAAUGGAGACUUCGGUCUGGAUCGAUCAGAUAACCUAAGUGUAUCCGAUGAAUCCUUACAUGAUUACGACGUGCAGCCUAUAGCGAUAAUAACGUCUCACAUCCUGUUGCUAAACUGGGUUAAUACAACUCCGAUAUCUCUUGAGAUGUCGGAGCAUCUCACCUUUGUAAUCUGCAUCUAUGUUGAAGAAUAUGUGUAUUUGGGUAUUAGUGCAAAAGCAUAUGUUCAGUAA